CUUUAUUUUUAUUUUUUUGGUAGAACGAGAUCCCCAUUUCUACUCCAACCGUAAACAGAAGACGAUGUUCAUAUUUUAUCCUUAACACUUACUCUCCCUCUAGCUCUUCUCCUUUAAGAUCCACAGUCUUGGGUAAAAGAUCCAAGAAAGAUGGUGUACAAACUGCAACAACAGCCAAAAACACCAAUUAGGAACUUGGACUUGACCCAGAAACCAAAAGUAGCAGAGAAAAUCAAAGGCAUUGAUAAUGAUGAAGAAAGGCUAGAGAUCGUGGAUUUGGGUGGCAUGUCGUUUGAGACAGUGCCCAAUCCUCCCCUCAACUUAGCUCAUAUUUGCAAACUUGAUCUAUCGAAUAACAAUCUUCAGAUCAUACCGGAGUCACUGAUGGAAGGAUUGUUGAAUAUAGUGGUACUGGACAUUCAUUCAAAUCAACUGAAAUCUCUUCCCAAUUCCAUUGGGUGCUUAUCCAAACUGAAGGUGCUGAACGUUGCUGGCAACCUUCUCCUCUCCCUUCCAAAAGCUAUUAUGAAUUGCAGGUGUUUGAAAGAGUUGAACGUCAACUUCAACAAGCUUGGUCGGCUGCCAGACAACAUCGGAUUUGGGUUGCGCAAUCUGGAGAAGUUAUCUGUAAACUCGAAUCUUCUUGCUUUCUUCCCUAGCUCAUUAACCCACCUCAGUUCCCUGAAAAAGCUAGACGCGCGGUUGAAUAAGCUAAGAUCACUCCCAGAAGAUGUCGGAAAUCUGAUCCACUUAGAAGUGCUUAACGUGAGCCAGAACUUUCAGUGCCUGGAGGUGCUGCCUUACUCCAUCGGCAUGCUGGUGUCCCUGGUGGAGUUGGAUGUGAGCUACAACAAGAUCAAGACGCUGCCGGACUCCAUCGGCUGCCUCCGGAGGCUGAAAAAGCUCGCCGUCGACGGAAAUCCCCUAGUGUCGCCGCCAGCACUUGUGGUGGAGCAAGGAGUGCAUGCUGUGAAAGAGUACCUCAACCGUGGUGGCCAGAAAUGUCCCUCCAGAAAGAAGUCGUCGUGGGUUCGUAAAUUGGUCAAGUACAGAUCCCUCCGUGCUACGGCAAGGAUUCUGCUCCACACGCCCACCACGAGAGCGGCGAGGGAUUCAAAAUACCUCAUUCUCACUCCAUCGAUGCCUUGACAUCUCCCCAAAAUAGUUCCGUCCCGGCAAAAGAAUAAUUAAGCUGUUUUUUUUUCCUUCUUCUUAAUCCUAGUGAAGUAUGCAUGCAUGAACUAAUGAUUGGAACAUUCUUCUUUG